AAGAUAAGAAGAUUAAUGAACUUCUGGACUUGAAGUAUAAGAAAAAGAUACAUAAUACCCCUUUGGCAAUGUUGAUUCUACCAAUACUACCCAUUUCUUUAGUAUUGAUUGAUUCAUCACGUAAGGCAAAAACCAUUUCCAGUAGAAAUGAUCAGAGAAAGGUUUUGUCAAAAUCUUCUGAGCUGAUACAAAUUGGUUCUGAUGACAGGUAUAAUUUUGAUUCUUUUAAUGACCUUAUUGAGCUUAACAAGAACAAAGCUGUGGAACAAGAUUUGAUACAAGAAUUACGAUGCUGUGGUGAUUCUAGAGUAUUUAAUGAUAGGAAGGAUAUUGCCACAAGUCAGUAUGACAGUGCCGAAAUUAACGAGUCUUGUGCUACCCAAAUUUCAAAGACCCUCAUUUCAGAUGCUGAAACUCACCCCAUGAAAAAGAAAUCAGUGAAGUUGGCAUGGCCAAGAUAA